GUCACUCCGGAGACGCCGCGGGGUGGUCGGCGGCGGCACGAUGUGGCGCGUGUGUACGCGGCGGGCCCAGCGUGCGGUCCCGGGGGCCGUGUUCUGGGCGCGGCGGGGCGCGCGGAAGGGGAAGGAAGGCCCCGGGGCUCCGUGCGGGGUCCCGCGGGCUGCGGGUCCCGGGGCGAUCCCCGCCUACGGUGGCGGGGUCCGGGCCCUGAGCGGCUGGAUCCCCUGCACCAGCCCCGGGGCCACGGCGCGCAGUCGCUGCUGGCUGCAGCUUCGGGGGCCGCAGAGCCGCCGCGCCUACAGUCUGCCCCCGCAUCAGAAGGUGCCAUUGCCCUCCCUUUCCCCUACCAUGCAGGCGGGGACUAUAGCCCGGUGGGAGAAAAAGGAAGGGGAAAAAAUCAACGAGGGUGAACUGAUUGCAGAGGUUGAAACUGAUAAAGCCACUGUCGGGUUUGAGAGCCUGGAGGAGUGUUACAUGGCAAAGAUUCUUGUUCCUGAAGGUACCAGGGAUGUUCCAGUUGGAGCAGUCAUUUGUAUCACAGUUGAAAAGCCUGAGGAUAUUGAGGCCUUUAAAAAUUAUACAUUGGAUUCCUCGGCAGCACCCACCCCACAGGCAGCCCCAGCACCAACCCCUGCUGUCGCUGCUUCGCCACCUACACCUUCUGCCCAGGCUCCUGGUAGCUCAUACCCCACUCACAUGCAGGUGCUUCUUCCUGCCCUCUCCCCCACAAUGACUAUGGGCACAGUUCAGAGAUGGGAAAAAAAAGUGGGUGAGAAGCUAAGUGAAGGAGACUUACUGGCAGAGAUCGAGACUGACAAGGCCACAAUAGGUUUUGAAGUCCAGGAAGAAGGUUACCUGGCAAAAAUCCUGGUUCCUGAAGGCACAAGAGAUGUCCCGCUAGGAACGCCACUCUGUAUCAUUGUAGAGAAAGAGGCCGACAUAUCAGCAUUCGCUGACUACAGGCCAACGGCAGUUCCUGACUUAAAAUCACAAGUACCGCCAACUACCCCACCCCCAAUGGCCCCUGUUCCUCCAACUCCCCAACCUGUAGCCCCUACACCUUCAGCUGCUCGCCCAGUUACCCCUGCUGCACCCAAAGGAAGAGUGUUUGCUAGCCCUCUUGCAAAGAAGCUGGCUACAGAGAAAGGGAUUGACAUUACACAAGUAAAGGGGACGGGACCAGAAGGCAGAAUUAUCAAGAAGGAUAUUGACUCUUUUGUACCUACCAAAGCUGCUCCUGCCCCAACAGCUGCUGUGCCUCCCUCUGCUCCAGGAGUGGCACCAGUUCCUACAGGUGUCUUCACAGAUAUCCCAGUCAGCAACAUUCGUCGAGUUAUUGCACAGCGGUUAAUGCAGUCUAAGCAAACCAUACCUCAUUAUUACCUUUCUAUUGAUGUAAAUAUGGGAGAAGUUUUAUUGAUGAGGAAAGAACUCAAUAAGGUUUUAGAAGGAAAAAGCAAACUUUCUGUCAAUGACUUCAUCAUAAAAGCUUCAGCUUUGGCAUGUUUGAAAGUACCAGAAGCAAAUUCUUCUUGGCUAGACACAGUUAUAAGACAAAAUCAUGUUGUUGACAUCAGUGUUGCUGUCAGCACUCCUGCAGGACUCAUCACACCUAUUGUAUUUAACGCACAUAUAAAAGGACUGGAAGCCAUCGCUAAUGAUGUUGUUUCUUUAGCAAACAAAGCACGAGAGGGUAAACUGCAGCCACAUGAGUUCCAGGGUGGCACUUUUACAAUCUCCAACUUAGGAAUGUUUGGAAUCAAAAAUUUCUCAGCUAUUAUUAAUCCACCUCAAGCAUGUAUUUUAGCAAUUGGUGCUUCAGAAGAAAGAUUGGUUCCUGCAGAUAAUGAGAAAGGGUUUGAUGUGGCUAGCAUGAUGUCUGUUACACUCAGUUGUGACCAUCGGGUUGUGGAUGGAGCAGUUGGAGCGCAAUGGCUUGCUGAGUUUAGAAAGUUCCUUGAAAAACCUUAUCACCAUGGUGUUAUAAUUAACCCAAGGAUUUCUAGACACUCCCAUGUUUACAUUGUGUCAUUCAUCAAGAUAUUUAUGUUAUAAACAGACCUUUUUUUUUU